AUGAAGCACACACCCGCCAGACUCAUCAUCAGUAUUCUAUUGCUCUUAUUACAGCAAUUUCGAGAAUGCUCUUGCCUCUCAUUGCCCAUUUCUGCUUCAAUCUCCAAGACUGGUCGGCAAGUCGAGUCCUUCUCGGUUCCCCUCCUGAAAGAACGACCAAAGCCAGAAACUCUGCUUGGUAACCUGCGCCAACUCUGGAAUGAUCCUCGACCGGUUUCGAGUCUGAUUGACACUAGCAAUAAUAAGGAAAACAGCUCCAACGAAGAUGUUCCUUAUUGUAUUUUGAGUGAUGAAUUUCAGUUGCAGCAAAUGCACAAGUUUCGCAUUCUGCUUUAUCCCAAAGGACGAUAUUAUGGAGGGUCCUCUUCCAACGCGCUAGCUGGGCCAGCGGCUGCCUAUUUGAGAUAUAUACCUGAUAACUAUGGCGAUGAAGUGGACAUUUCGUGGAAGCUACGGCUUGUGGACUCCCGCACUGGCCAUGCGUUGCCAGUCAUGACAUCCGGUGGCCUGCCAAGAUCCAAUACAACAUGGUCUUCAGGCAUGACCUUCUGCAGUGAACUAGAAGAUAUUGAAAGUGUGGGUCGGGCUGCCGAUUGGGGUUCUUCAACCUGGUAUGCACAGUCUGUGUGUGAUGCCUUGGGUCAUAUCGAAGCAAACGUCGAAAUCACACUCUACAAUUUUCGUACCGACGAGUCAAGCUUUGCCAUUCCUCCCAGAGGCGCUGUCAAAGCUGUACUGGAUGCAGCCACUGGAGCAUCUGCGGCCGUCAACGGGGAACAAGAAAGACUUUUUCGAGUUGGAGAAGUGAUCGUUCCAAUGGCGUCCAGCAACAGCAACAAACAAACUGAAGCAGAAUUGAAAUCAUAUUUUGUCUUGCCUGGCACUGAUUACAGAAUUAUGACCAUGACGGACAAGGAUGGCAAUUCCAUCUUCGCCUCUGACUCUGUACCCAAAGAGGAACGGAAAUAUUGUCGGUUGGCGCUGAGACCCUGUGGAUGGAAGACGCAACAACAACUGUGGAAGCAGCGAGGCAUGAAGACUGAAUGGCCCGUGGAAGUGCCCGCCAGACUGCUGUCGUCGACGGCAUUGACUAGAUUCAAUCUGGCAACCGCAUUCCCGAGAGUGUCGGCAACCUUUCAACGUGACAAAACUGCAGUACUCUUGGGGAUUUUGUUGGCUCUUGCGCCUCUUCCUGGGGCUCUCAUUGCAAGAAACUUUGUCUCAUUCUAUGCCAUUCCCAGUGCCAGUAUGGAUCCAACUUUGAUGAAGGGAGAUCUACUGCUGGUUGAAAAGUUCCCAGGAGUCUCGGAGCGAACCCAAAAAGGCGAUGUCUUGUUGUUUCGCCCUCCCGCCGCAUUGAGAGAGAUUGUUGGCAACAACGCCAUCUCCAGCAAUUCGCUUUUUGUCAAGAGAGUUGUAGGACUUCCAGGAGAUAGAGACUUUCUUGUCGACUCGGAAACGGGCGAUGUGUACGUGGAGGGAAAACGAGCCAUUGGUCCAGACCGAAACCUGUGUGACGACGAGCCACUGCGUCUCAUUGAUCGGUUGCUGGAGAAUGGCAAGGGCAAGAAAGUUGACCAACUUGGAGAUGAUGAGGUGUAUGUAUUGGGAGAUUGCAAAGCAGUGUCAGUGGACUCGAGAGUAUUUGGUGUAUUACCAAAGACUGACAUUGCGGGAAAACCAGUUGGCAGGGUUUGGCCCUUGUCUCGUGUGACAUUUGGUCCCUUGUAA